AUCAACAAUGUUAUUUUAAUUGGAAAGGAAUAAAUAUCGAUACAGAUAUAAAAUCAUUUGUAAAAAAGAAAGAUGAAAUAGAAUCACUAACAACAUGGUUCACCCAGCACCGAAUUAAUAAAUGGUUAAACAAAAAAAUCAUAGAAGAAACAAAUUGGAAAUGGUCAAUACAAUCAUGGCACGGUUCAAAAAUCACAUCAACAAAAACAAAUACAAAAGAAAGUAUCCUGAGAUCUUUUUCAUUGAAAUUAUUAAAUGAAGAAUUACCAACAAUGGCAACCUUACAUACAAGAAAACCAGAGGUCUACACAAAACCAGAAUGUCCAUUCUGUAAUAAAUAUAAAGAGACUAACACACACGUUUUUUUAUGUUCAGAAAAAGGAAAAAAACUUAAAAUUGCAUUCCGAGCAACAGUAAAGGAAAUAUAUGUGAAAGAAAAAGGAAACAAGGGGGUGGAAGAGCUCAUGAUAAAAAUAACAUGA